UCGCUCGUGAUCGGCAACUCUCGGUAAAGUCCGGAAUAAGGCCGAGAAUAAAUAAACAAAAACGCAAAUGGCUGCGCCCAUAGACUUACAUGGAGCAAGAAAGCGAUUACUAGAAGAAUUAGGAGAUCAGUCAACAGUAUAUUUCCAAAAUUUAGCUUCUUGGUUCAAGAAAAAGAGCACAAAAGAGGACUUUGAUGUAGAAGCCCGCAGACUUCUGAAAGAGGAUACAGUUCACCUUCAUAAUGAGUUUCUUCUUGCUAUCAUCGCCAAAUGUCAAAGUAUCAGCUCUUCCACCUUUUUAUCAAAAGAGACAGCACUUCAAUCAGCUGCCAACCUUCCCUCCACAUUACAGAAAAUUGUGAAGCUCAAACGCAAGACACCAGGUGGUCGGGCUAAUAUGCAGCAACGCUUUCAACCAGCCAACCCCAUGGAUUUUGCACCCAUGAUCAGCCCUAAGCCAGUGGAGGAAGGGACUAGUUCACUAGGAUUUGUGACCCGUGACUUGCUUUUGCCUGACUUGGCACUGUUACAUGGGAGGUCUUUGGUGUGUGCCUGGGAAACAGGUCUCCAGGAUGUGCAAGAAAAUGUGGCUAAGCUUAUUGUCCAUGCUUUGGAGAUACAGUUGAAGAGAGUUCUUUCUGCUGUCAUGGAGAGUCGCAGUGGAUAUAAGUUGAGAGAGAAACGGUUCCAGUUUGCCAUGGGCUGUGAAACUCCAAAUCCAUACCUGCGACAAGCAUCACAAGUGUCAGACUCAUCACUGAACAGUGAGGCUACUACAAUCACAAGCAGUGGCUAUCACACACCAAGCCUGAAGCCCUCCGUGGAUGCCGCCGAACAAAUAGCCAUUCAUGAACUUGCUACGGUAUCCAGAACAACACAACAGCAGCGGGGACCUAUUUCUCUGUUUGAUCUUCUUAAAGCAUUGCAGACCAAUCAAAGCAUGAUACCAUCACACUCAGUGUAUGCACCGACACUGGAGCGUGUGAUUCACCAGAUGUGGCACCCAAGCGCAGAAGAAGAGGUGGAAGAGGUGGGCGUGACUUCACACCAGCAGCAGCCUCUAAAGCAGCCUCCUGUACUGUUGUUUGCUUAAAUUGAUGACAAACAUUGGACUAGCCCCAUAAUCCCUACAGUGUUUGGUGACUCAUUCUGUGGACUGAAAACAAUUUUUCAGGAGCUUUCAGCAGAGAUGGUUUAAUAAAGCAAAGAUUCACGAAGAUCUCUGUCUGGGCAAGACAAGAUAUAGAGGCUAUCAUUGUUGAGUAAGAAUAUCAUCUCGCCAAAGAUAGUUUUCAUUCAGAAGUGUUUCAGAGAUGGUCUGGACAAAAAAUCUGUUGCAUAUUUUAUAGAUGUUCUUAUUUUCUUGUAUACUGAUGUGCGCUAUGUGCCUGUUAUUCCAAGGGACAGCAUUCUGAGCAAAGGCAUGGAUGUCUAGUGUGUAUGAGUGCACAUGCUUAAUUAAAUUUAUUGUAAUAGAGA